UCUUAUCACUUAAUUUCCUCAACCAAAUCAGAUUCUAUGCAUAAUAUUGAUAAAUUGGACAUUUUUUCUUGUAUUAAUGACGGUCUUAAAUAAUUUUUUUGAGGCUAUUUUAUUUAUGUCGCUCCACUAAUUUGCCGCCCUGGAGCAAAUGCUCCUUUUGCACCCAGGUUAAUCCGGUCCUGCGUGGACGUGGAAGAAUAAAAAGGUUUUCCUUCGAUUUCUCCGACACCGAAACGACAUCACGCACUGUUUAGAUCCUCCGUGAGCAGUGAGCACUUGUCGUUUAAAUAUUUACACGGAAAUCGCGAGGACUACUCGCUGAACAAUUAUGUUUUUAUUUUUAUUUUUUAUUAAAUCAAAGUUACUUUCAGCACGUUCUGAGUUUAUUUCGAACCCUGUUCUCAGCUGUGCACGAUGGGAAUUACAACGUUCGUCGAGCGCGAAGCCUGUGUUGUACAAGGAUGCUCGUCCUUAUUUAUAGUACAAAUAAUAAUAAUAUAUAUAUACGAUAUGCUAUAAUACCUACGGCGAUGGGUUAUUUUUUUUUCAAGCGCUUCUUCGUAGUAUUUAGAUUCAUCUCUUCCCUGAAACGAACCGAUAGAGUUUCUGUGCAGUCGACGCGUGACGCGGCGCGGUCGGUGGAGGAGAAAAACCGAACCACGGUCAGUUCGAGAUCACGCGGCGUGCGACCGCGCGCAAUGAACGAGAAGCUGGCACGCACGAAGUCAUUACCUGUACUCCGACGACGACGGAUACAGAUGGAUGGGUAUAUCGGCAACGACCGAGAAAAAACGCAUCAAACAUUCAUUAAGGUCUCUCACCCCUUUCUCGCCCUCUUCGGUCAUUGUGCGCGUGAGUGUUUGCGUUCGAGUGGCCGUUGCGCACGAAACACACGAGUGGCCGCCGCGAACAAGCGAAUACGUGAAAGCGCACCGUCGUUUUUUCGUGCAGACAAUGUACGACGUGAACAUGCUGUACCGCAGUCUCGAACUUUGCCGACAAAUGCACGGCCGACUCGGGCACCGAUAAGCAUAAAUUCCGUGUCACGUGUAUGGUGCGAAGAAGUAAUCAUGCACAUGUGUACAUAACGAAUGCGGACGAGAGCCGAUACGACACGGCGACGGGAGAGUUUAAGAACGGAAAACGGGCGGUUAAGAACAUAAAGCUCGUUUUUUUAUGGCCGUGGAAGACGUCGCUGCGAUAACGACUACGCGGCAGCUUAAUAUUAUUUUUUAGAGACCGUAAUACGAGUUGUCGGCGCGAGGGAUGAACGGCGAAACGACGCAGUCUUUUGGUUUAUACAAAUUAUCGUAACAUAAUAAUGUGUACAGUAUAACAAUAAUAAUAAUAAUAAUUAUAAUUAUUAUUGUCGUUGUUGUUGUCGUUAUUUGUGUUAUCCAUUCAUUGCUUGUGAUACAUUUAAGUCUGACCGAUCUGUACACGGUUUCGUGUUUUAUAAGUGAAUAAAAAUCAUUAUUUUCUAACAGUA